UACACAUACUUCUAUACAUCGAUCAAUUGCACAGAUACCUUCCCAGUUGCCACCCUCUGGCUCUCCCUCUUUUGUUCUGUGUCUCUUGGUGCCAACCGAGAAAUACUAGGCUUGACUUUCGUAAAAGCCAUUAAUUGCAAGCAUGACUGUCACAACCUCGGUUUCAACGGCCAAGGGCCGAGUCCUUAUAGCCGGAGCAACAGGUUUCAUUGGUCAGUUCGUCGCAGAAGCCAGCCUAGACGCCGGCCGACCCACCUAUAUUCUCGUCCGGCCAGGCCCCGUUGGCGGUAGCCCUUCUAAGGCGAGCACCAUCAGGGCUUUCCAAGACAAAGGCGCCACAAUCUUGCAUGGACUGAUUAAUGAUAAAGAAUUCAUGGAGAAAAUACUAAAAGAGCAUGAGAUCGAUAUAGUAAUAUCAGCCGUGGGAGGUGGAAACAUACUGGACCAACUCACCUUAAUCGAGGCCAUAAAAUCUGUUGGUACCAUUAAGAGGUUUCUUCCAUCGGAGUUUGGGCACGAAGUGGACAGAGCUGAUCCGGUGGAGCCGGGGCUUGAUAUGUACAAAGCCAAGCGCAAAGUCAGGCGCUUGAUCGAGGAUUACGGUGUCCCACACACUUACAUUUGCUGCAAUUCUAUUGCUUCUUGGCCUUACUACGACAACACACACCCGUCAGAGGUUGUCCCUCCUUUGGAUCAGUUCCAAAUCUACGGCGAUGGUAACGUCAAAGCUUAUUUUGUUGCCGGCGCUGAUAUUGGAAAAUUAACAAUUAAAACCAUUGAUGACAUUCGGGCCCUUAACAAGUGUGUUCAUUUUCGACCUGCCGGCAAUGUUUAUACUAUCAAUGAGCUUGCAUCUCUGUGGGAGAAAAAGAUUGGAAGAACACUCCCUCGAGUUACCGUCUCUGAAAAUGACCUACUUGCUGCAGCUGCAGAGAAUCGCAUACCUCAAAGCAUUGUUGCAUCAUUCACGCAUGAUAUAUUCAUAAAGGGUUGUCAAGUUAACUUCACCAUCGAUGGCCCUCAAGAUGUUGAAGUGGGAACUCUCUACCCUGAUGAAACUUUUCGAACCUUGGAUGAGUGCUUCAAUGACUUUCUUGUCAACAUAGACAGCAAAUCUAAGAGCACCGAUGAAAUUACUACUGCAAGUCCCGUGGCUGAACCUAUGGCAGUCACUGCAGCAUACGCUUGAUCGUAUUAUACAUAUAUAUAUAUAUAUAUAUAUGUUACAAGGGCGGAAGUGUUAUUAUUAAAAUUAUUUUUUAGGCGGAAAAAGUGCUUCAAAAAUUUGGGAGUCAAUUUUUUAACUGUGAUUUAUCUUCGAGUUCCUAGUGAUUUCUUAGAGGAACAUAUAUAAUCACUUGUGCUUGUUCUGGUGGACAAAACUGGUCUUGGUAUCGGGGGUAGGCCAGUGGAUUAAAUAUGGACAGAAUUUCCGUUUAGUCUGGGUUGAAGGAAAAUUGCCAUGUUAUUAUGAAUUUAUGAUUGUUUGUACACGUGCAUGCAUCCCAUGUGAUCAAUAUUGAUGUAAGAUGAUUUAUUGUUCAACUUA